CGCGACGGUACGUCUCGGUCCGACGCCCUCGAUAGACGCCAGCGACUACGCUAUCGUCGAGCCCGUUCGCGUUUUGUGAGGUUAGAAUCGCGAAAAGUGGCGCAAUUGAAACUUUCUGGCGUUUCGGAGAUGCGUCUGGGGAGUAAUUGAGGUGAUCGAGGAACAUGCUGUGGGGGUUCGUUUAUGCUUUUUUGUUGCUGUUUCUGAGAAAUGAAGUCCUUUGUCUGAAUGACGUCGUCCUAGAAAUGGAUCCAGCCAUCGUGGAUAAAGGUGGAACGAGCAAGCUGAGAUGCAGCUACGAUCUACAGGGUGCACCUCUUUACACGGUCAAAUGGUACAGGGGGAACCACGAGUUCUAUCGGUAUACUCCGAAGGAACAUCCCAGCACUAAAACUUUUACGCUUCCUGGCGUAAAUGUUGAUCUGCAGCAAUCGAACGAACACCAGGUGGUAUUACAGGACGUAGGAUUCAAUCUGUCGGGAAAGUUCAGUUGCGAAGUGACCACAGAUGCUCCCCUGUUUUCAACCAAAACCGUAUCGAAGGAGAUGCUGGUCGUUGUGUUGCCGAGCGAUUCGCCGAAUAUUAUCACGGAUAAAAGUUUUUACGAUAUUGGUGAUGUAUUGAGAGCAAAUUGCAGUUCGCCCCCUUCGAGACCUGCCGCUACCCUCACCUUCAUCUUAAAUAAUAUCGUGGUAUGCGCCAAAUGCAACACAAUAAAAACCCCCGUGGCAGAUCUAUUUUCUGUCGAUUUGAGUCUCGAUCUACCCUUAUUCGAGUCCCACUUCCACGGUGGUCUACUGACGCUUAAAUGCGUCUCCAGAAUAGGGGAUCUGUAUCAGCAGGACAGCCAAAUAACUUUCAGCAAUGCCAGAGACCCCGUCCCAGCCAAAGUGACAGCAAAUAACCACAGUACAGCCAAUGGAACAAGAAACAUCCGUUUCCUGAUGCUCUUGAUUUAUUUGGCAUGUGUAUUUUAAAAAAAUGUGAUUUAUUAAUAAUUCCAAAAUGUAUAUUCGGUGAAAUGAAGUAAUAUACUUGUGAUGAUCGAUUUGCUGCAAAUAUAAAAUUAGAUAUGAAUACAAUGUUUGUAAUGUUUCAUUCGGACAUUCCAGAAGAUGUGUAAUGAAUUAAUCAUAGAUUAUAUUAUUAUGGAUUUUAAAUAAACGUGAUAAA